GGGCCUGAGGCUGUGAGGAAUGGCGGGAGUUGGAGUCCAAAACACCCGGAGGGCCCAAGUUGGCUCAUGCCUGGUCCAACUCCAGCCACAGCUACUCAUUCUCAAACAACUCAAAUACACUAUUAAGUCUUCCAAACAAAGCUUCUCUGCAGACGCUUUGUUGUUUUUUGCAACGCUGUGUGCCUGGACAAGAAGUCUCCCAACUCUGGGAUUCUGUGAUUCAAAGGGAAGCAGGCGAGAAGGAGCAGCAGCAGCUUCGCUCAAAUGUUCCGACCCAAAGAGAGGAGGCUCCCAAGAGGGAGGUAGAGGGGAGACUGCCCGCCCACAAUCCUCCCUCUCCCUCUCCCUCUUCUGGGUGGAGCUUGCCCCUCCGCUCGCCCACGCUGCCCCACUGCCUGCCUGCUUCUCCGGGGCGCCCUGGCUCUUCCCUCCGUGGGUCUCGCCUGCUCCUCUCCUCUUUCUUCCUGGUCUUGCCUCCUGGAUCCUGCCGGCCAUGAGCUUCCCGCGCCCGCUCCGCCGCUCCGUGAGCCUGAACCCCGCGCGGACCCUGCGGCUGGUGGUGCUGGGACAAGGCGCCGUGGGCAAGACAGCUUUGACAGUGAGAUUCAUCACCAAGCGAUUCAUUGGUGAUUAUGACCCCACACUAGAGAUGAUUUAUAGGCACACAGCUGUCAUCGAUAGCGAGAUGGUGCAUUUUGAAAUUCUUGACACAGCUGGACAGGAAGAGGAUUCCUUGCAAAUUGAAGAGAAGAUUAAGUGGGGAGAUGGCUUUGCCGUGGUUUACUCUGUCACUGACCGGUGCAGCUUUGAUGAAGUCAUGAGGCUCUGUUUCCUCAUCAACCACAUCCAUUCCAGCCCCAAACGAAGUAAUGGAAAUGGAGACCCACCAGUGGUGAUUGUUGGGAACAAAAAAGACUUGCAGUUUGACCGAAUGGUGUCCUUUGAGGAUGGAGAGAACCUCUCCAAGGCUCUGAAGCACCCGUUCUAUGAGAUCUCUACUAGGGACAGCUAUGAGGAGACGGUGACAGUUUUCAACACCUUGUAUAGUGAGCUGAUGAAGCAAGGGCACUUUUCCCCAGGCGCCUUCAAGAGGCGAGCAGUGUCUAAACUCAUGGAAAAGAUCCCAAAGAUUCAUGCCAACUCAACACUGGCCUCAGGUGGCAGGAGCCUGAGCUUCAACUCCUUCCGAGACUACAUCCCAGAGUGAACUUUUGCAUUGCCAUUUGUGCAGUGAUGAGUGAUGCACGUAGGGACUGGGUGCCGUCAGCAAGGGAGAGACUGCAGAGCUGAGGACAUGGCAAGUCCAGAGGCCUGUACAUGGUUAGGAAAUAUGUUUUGGGGUCCCCGCCUCCAACUACCUUAAACCCAGGGAAGAUGAUCCUGACUGAUGAUAGUCUAUGGUGCAGUGGUGCAUGAGAAUGGCCAAAGAUCCAUCUGGGCUGUUUUGCUGAUUUUGCUUUAGUCAGAUGCUUUCGGCUAUCCAAAGCAGAGCAUGGGGGAUAAUAACUUUCACAAUUCCCUGGCAAUUGUGUUCAGUGGCACACUGAAUACCAGGUUCCCUUAAGUCAUUGUGGAUAAUAGCCAUUGAUAGAUUCUUUUCCCCACUUCCCCAUGCAAAUAUCAUCUUCUUUUAGACAUCAUAUUCUAGGUAAGUGGUCUAACGUAUUAGGAGUCCCUAUUACUUGUGGUGGUGAAUUCCUUGUGUAAGGCCAACAUUUUGGCAAGGGGUGGCAUGAGUCUUUUAAAUCCUGGGUGAAAGACAGCCAUGAAAGCACAUUUUCAGUUGGGGCCUAGUUCUUCUCCCACUUGGCCUAAGAAAGCCAAAAAAGGAGAUGUUCUUGCAGUCAUCGUUUGGACGCAAAGCUUAACAACUGCUUGGCUAUUUUGAAUGUCAUUAGUUCUUGUAAGGAAGGGCUUUUGGAAGUAGCGGUUUAGACAGUUGAUUAAGAUUCACUCUUUGUGUUUCUGGUUGUUAAUAUGUUGCUGGUUCCUCUUUUCUGCCAAACCAAUGUUCACAGGGUUAUGCACCUGAUUAUUUCCAUACAAGCUCAAAUCUACUGGCAUUGCCAGGUUGCCUAGGUACGUAUUUACUACCUGAGGCAGUGAAGAGCGGUGUACCCUCCUAUUCCACCAACAGAAGUUGAACAGUCUGGAAGCUGAUUCUUGCUCUAGUAUUAGUGAUGGAAGAGCAAUUAUCAUGGGGUUUGGGUGAAACGGAGUCCUUUUUAUAUUAACACAGGAACACAAAACUUCAUGGCAAGAGGAAAGUAAUUAACACAGAGAAUUAGAACAUUCCCAGGGUUAGGGAACAAAAGAUCAUCCAGUCUAUUACCUUCCAUAAUGCAACUUUUUCUGCAGCUAUAUCAAGAUUCAGAUCAUUGGCCUUUUCUUGGCAUAUAGCUGGCACCAGGAACAAUUACUCUCAGUUUUUAGCAGAUUUGUAUUCCUUCCUUUUCUUUUCAGUAGUGGAGAAGCCAGGAUGACACUGGAGCCUUCUAAAUGCAAAGAUUAUGGAGCCAUGGUCUCAGAGUUUGGAGAAGCUGGAAGUAACACUUUCAAGCUUUGACUGAGGUCUUUAUUCAGAACACUGCUCUUUUUCCCCUCCUAAGAUCUUAUUUACUGUGUCAAUAGACUACAAAGGCUCUAAGUUACUUGCUGUUCUGGAAAGAUUGAUAGCUGACUCAAUAGCCCAAUUUGCUCCACAGAGACUUCUGAUUUUUUUCCAUUGAACAUCAGGAAAAGCAGUCAACUUGCUACCCACUUCCUUUAAAUGGCCAUUUGGCUGGCUUCUGUGUGGGCAAUCUAUUGUAUCUCAAACAUAGGAACACUACAAAUACAUCUUGAGAGAUACACUAUAGCAAGGAGGUCUGUUUGUGUUUUCUGACUCUUGCUCAAAUCCCAUGGAUGGUAUUUUACUUAAUGCUCCAGCAACCUGCUGUAAAAUGGAUUUGCUGUCAUUCAACAGACUUUGAAGUUAGCCUUCUUCUGAGAUCCAGUUAGUUUUCAAACUGGAUGUAGACUUUAUUUUUUGUUUGUUUACUGUUCUUGCCUCGAAACUAUUUGGCUUUAUUAUUAAAUGUUGUGUUGUAGAAUGAUGUUACAUAAUCUCCUGCUGACUUAAAGCUGUAUGGAAUCAGGAGGAGUUAACUUCUGCAAUAUGCAUACAGUGCAGGGGAUGACAGUACAAAUAGGCUAAGGGCAGGCCAAGUUACUGAUACAUUGUAUAAUAACUUCCAAGUGAUACAGGCUGAGAUGGUCUCUUCUCCUCCUUGUAAUUUUGGUUUUUCUCAUGUUGGUGCCCUUCAUAGAUUUUUUACUACAUUUCCCACCUUCCCUGAAUAUUGACCAUGCUGGGUGGUGUUGGAAUGUGUAAACCAACUUCUCUGAAAGACACAAGUAUAAGGAAGUGGAGAACAAUGCCAGCAUCACCUUUAAGGAGUAAAAAAUGCAAUUUAUUUCAAAAUAAUGUUGGUAUCUUAACAGCAUGCCUAUAAUGUUUAUUACUAUAGUGCAUGAUCAUGCAUUUUUAUUGUCAUCAAAUAAAGCUAUUAUUUAAUGUUUGUUCUGGCAGUACCAAACCAAUAAUUACCUGGAUUAGGAUCUUGGCUUCUCCACACAUUAUUUCCCCUAAAUGAAUUCUGUUUCAUUAUGGUAACUUGUUUGCUGUCUGAAGAGAAUGGACAAUUUUUUAAAAAAGCAAAUUCUUCCUCUUUUAAGCCAUAACAAGCUUUUAAUAUAGUUCACUUGCACAGUAAAAUGAUACAUAGUCAUCUACUGUUUUCUCUUCUUGUUUGGGGAUUUGCCUUUCUCAGGCAAAAUGUCUUAAGAAGUGAAUGUUGAGUUCGAGGGCAGGUCUGUUUCCAUGGAAAAAGAAGAUUAUUGGAAGAUUUAUUUACUGUCUUGAAGGAAUACUCAAGAAAGGUUAAACCUAAGUGGUUGUUGAUAUUUAUGUUCAUAUGAUUUUUUUCUUCUCCAAGACUCCAAGAAAGCUGACCCUUGUGAAAGCAGUUCUCUAAAGCUAAAAGCACAGCAUCACUCCCAAAACCUUUUAUGCGAGGAAAGGGGUAAAUGUUGAACCUAUAAUAGAACAAGCAUUUACUAGAGAUUUUAAAUGUACUUGAAGUGGGAUACAGACUGGAUGUUCUGCAGUAGAUGAUGAGAAGGGUUUUAUUUUAAAAGUCCUUUACAACCACACAUAAAACACCUUCACUUCAAUGUAUGACAUCUCACAGCCCCUAAAUCCCACAUCAUCACUGGUCAGGGAAGUGAUUACUGCAUAUACAUCUUUUCUCCUUCAGCCCUGUUUCCAAAGUCAUCUUUAUGGCAAGUAUUUCUCAUGAUACAACUUGCUAGGUAAUACAUUACCCCCAUUACUAUUUUCAUAGGUAGAUCUCACAGAAUCAUAAAUUCUCUGUUGUUCUGGUUUUCAUUCUGCUACUGCAAUAUUUCUCAAGGAAAUAAUUAUUGGAGAAGUAGUUGUUGACAAUUAUUUAUCAUGUCAGAAUUGAGAAUAUAGUUAUAAUAUAUUUUUUAAAAACCACAAACAAAGUUCAAAACUUGUCAUUAUACUAAAUUUCCUUUGACCAGAAGCUGGCACUUGGAGUGCCUCUGGUGUCACUGUAAGAAGGUCCUCCAUUAUGCAUUUGGCAGGGCUCAGACUGCAUUGUAGUAGAUGGUCUAUAGUUUGCUUUUCUCUGCACUCGCAUGUCGUAGACUCCACUUUGUAGUCCCAUUUCUUAAGGUUGGCUCUGCAGCUCGUGUUUCCAGAGCACAGUCUGUUCAGUGCCUUCCAAGUCGCCCACUCUUCUGUGUGCCCAGGGUGGUCUCUCUCAUCCAGUAUUAGCUACUGAUUGAGGUUCUGGGGUUUAACCUGCCACUUUUGGAUUCUCGCUUGCUGAGGUAUUCCUGCAAGUAUCUCUGCAGAUCUUAAGAAACUAUUUCUUAAUUUAAGGCAUUGGCAUGCUGGCUGAUAUCCGAACAAAGGAUGGGCUGGAGAUGUCAAUGCCUUGGUCCUUUCAUUGCAGGCUACGGAUUAUAGGUGGUGCGAUACUGGCUAAACAGUAUAAUUUAUCCAGUGGUAUGGGGUGUAGACAUCCUGUGAUAAUGCGGCAUGUCUCAUUAAGAGCCACAUCCAUGGUUUUAGCGUGGUGAGAUCCACUCCACACUGGGCAUGCAUAUUCAGCAGCAGAGUAGCAAUGUGCAAGGGCAGAUUUUUCACUGUGUCUGGUUGUGAUCCCUAGGUUGUGUCAGUCAGCUUUCGUAUGAUAUUAAUUCUAGCACCCACUUUUUGCUUGAUAGUUGCUGAAAUGUCAACCUUACAUACAAGGUAAAGCAGCAACAUAGAAUAGUAUUGCUAGGUAAUGGAAGUCUGGCUCUUUAUAAUAAAUGAAUGGAUCCAAAUGUAUGCAUUCUACUUUCCAGCAAUGUAGUGAAUGGGAUGCAGUCCUUAUGAAAACCUGAGGCACUAAAAGUCCUGGGCUGAUGGUACCGAUCUCUGGAUCUGCAAUUUUGGUAGCACCAAACUAACAAAUAGGUGAAUAAUCAAAAUGUAUCUUUAAGAAUGACUGCAUGUGUGUGUGUGUGCGCAGAAGUCUGCGAAAUUAUGGGUUCUUUUAGCAUGCUCAGUUUUGCCAUUUGUUUGAGAUAGUUGAUUGUUAUUCCAGCAAUUCUCUGCACACUGUAAAAAUGAAGUUAUUUAUAUGGAGCUGCUUUCUUUUCCCCUAGCAUUGCACUUGUUCAGAAAUUUUAAUUACCUGUUGAGGGUCAUGAUCAGCUUUCUUUAUAUAGAAGAUGACGGAUGUGAAUAUGUGAAUUAACUCCCCGCCACCUAUUGCACUUCAGCACUUCAUCUGACAUGUCACUUGGCCCCAGUGUCCAGUUGUUCCACAGAAUUUGAAUUGAAAGCAAUUUGAGCAUCAUUUUGCUCUGUGGAUAUUUGGGCUUCUAUCGUCAACCAAUUACCAUGCUGACUGGGAUUUCUUGGAUUUGAAGUCCCUCCCCCUGAUAUGAAGAAAGACGUUCUAAUAUUAAAAUGACUACUUCCUUGCAGUACAUAUACAGGCUUCCCUCACCUUUAGAUGCCUUGCUUUCUGAUGACUAGCUCUUCCAAUGCUUGCAAAUUACAGACAAGUUCCAUUAAUUUGGUGAGGGAUCUCUUUCAUCAGUUUUUUUUUCUUGCCUGUGAGGUCUACUUAGGACUGCAGGCACACACCCUGCAGUAUACUGUACAUUCACGGUAUGCAUUACAUUUUCCUGCAGCUAAAAUGUAUUAGAAAACUUUAAAAAAUUUGGAUUCCACUUUUCAACCAAUUCUACUUUCUGACAGUGUAGCAGUCCCUAAGCCAUCAGAUAAAUGGGGGCUUCCUCCAUUCAUUUUUCGUUCUGCACUAAGGUAUACAACCAAGAUCCAGUGAUGCUAUAUGGCUCUAUAUGUUUAGCCAUCAAAAUGGAAAUCAUAAAAAGUGAAGUCUGAAGUUAAAAAUAAAUGUCAUUGAAUGCAUUUUGAAAGAAUGUUUUAAAAAGCCUCUAGAAUGUCCAAAAUGUUUACAUAUGCAAGGCUUAGCUGACCGGGUUCUUUCAUUUCACAUGUGUAUAUGGUUGGUUAUGAAUAAAAUGUUUGCUGAAACACA